AUGAAGCUCUUCUCUAAGAGAGACCCCGCCGCCUCCUUUCCUAUCGAUAUAGGCGCCCCUUUAAAGGCCACUUCAGCCGUCUACAUCAAAGAAGGCAACGAGUUCACUCUCACUAUCACCAUCACCAAAGUGACCGACAUUCUGUUGAACCAGCUAGACGGCUCCGACGCCGCCAUCGCCGCUCUAAUAACUAAAGCCAAGUCUAGCGCUUCCGGCUCGAAGCCAUCCCUCGAGCUCACGCGCACUAGACGUCUCUCCUCGCACUGGACCGCCACCGGCGCCUCCGGGACUACCGUUGCGGAACUCUCUUGCCCGAUCCUGUCCCUUGGGCGCUGGACGAUCAAGUUCCCCGCUGAGUCGACGCAUUCCAGCCACGACAUCCUGAUGCGCCCGGCGGGCACGACGGCGCGGGCCGAUGAGUUCGUCAAGGACAGCGUGCUGUACUUCUGGGAUGUCCUAGACGGGCGGAAGCUGUGCAAGCUCUAUCGGGCCAUCGAGGGAAAGAGGACGGAGAUUGCGCGCGAUGCUGAACAGGUCGGAGUCAUUCAGGGCGUGAAUAAGACGAAGAUGAGACGUUCGCCUACCGCGAGCCACCUCCGCGAGUAUUAUCCUAGCACGUCGUACAUUUUGGCCCUCACGGCGACCCACGACAACCCAAAAAUCAUGGUGGCCGGUAUCCUUGUGAUGGGAGAGAAGAGAGCAGAUGGUGCUGGCCAUGGCCGACUAAAGGAAAAGAGCCUCAACCAAUAG